AAAGGAGAGAGAAGGGGUGCUCGGUGCUGCUGCUGCCGCUGCCGCUGCUGGAUUGUUGGGGAGGGAAAAGCAGCCGAGGGGGAGAAGGAAAAAAAAAAGCCCAGACUCAGAAAGAGAGAGAGAGAGAGAGAGACAGAAAACAAGCCCCGCGAGCUUCCGAGGAUUCUCGGAUCUGGACUGAGAAGUCAGGUUGGAGAAAGUACAGCGAUGCCAAGGAGGAAACAGCAGGCACCUAAGCGGGCAGCAGGUUACGUCCAAGAAGAUGAUCUGAAAGAUGAUGAAGACAUAAAAGAGGAAGAAGAGGACGAUGAUGAGAGCAAUUCGACUGCUCAUCUUCAGGGCAGCAAUGACCCCGGCACGGACGAAGAACAUGACAUGGGCCCUGAUCUGAAAGGAAGCUUUAGCUACCAGAAUUCUCCAGUAAGUCACAUCUCCAACCAGGAUGUUGAAAACGAAUCGCUGCUAAGCGACGCAAGUGACCACGUGGCAGACAUCAAAAGCCUUUGCUCUAGAGAGACGCAGGACCCCAAAGCCAAUGCCCAGCCCAAACUUCCCAGUGAAGCACAUAGUUGCAUGGAUAAAAUGACAGCGGUUUAUGCCAACAUUCUUUCAGACUCUUAUUGGACGGGCUUAGGGUUAGGACUCAAGCUGUCCAAUUCAGAGAAGAGGGGAUGUGAUCACAGAAACGGGGCGAGCAAAAGUGAAUUCGAUUGGCAUCAGGAUGCCUUGACCAAAAGCCUGCAACAGAGCUUACCCACUAGGCCUGUCUCAAAACCAAACCUUUUCAGUUCUGUGCAGCUCUACAGACAGAGCAGCAAAAUGUGUGGAACUGUAUUCACAGGAGCCAGUCGGUUUAGGUGCAGGCAGUGCAGUGCUGCCUAUGAUACCUUGGUGGAGCUCACGGUCCAUAUGAACGAGAGCGGUCAUUACCAAGAUGACAACCAUAAAAAAGACAAGCACAGGCCUACGAGUUAUUCCAAGCCCCGAAAAAGGGCCUUCCAGGACAUGGAUAAAGAAGAUGCCCAGAAAGUUUUAAAAUGUAUGUUCUGUGGUGACUCCUUUGAUUCCCUUCAAGAUUUAAGCGUUCAUAUGAUAAAAACAAAACACUACCAAAAAGUGCCUUUGAAGGAGCCAGUCCCUACCAUUUCUUCCAAAAUGGUAACUCCUGCGAAGAAACGUGUCUUCGAUGUUAACAGGCCUUGCUCCCCAGACUCUACCACUGGGUCAUUUGCAGACCCUUUUUCUUCUCAGAAAAAUGCAAACCUGCAGCUGUCAUCUAACAAUCGCUAUGGUUACCAGAAUGGGGCCAGUUACACAUGGCAGUUCGAAGCCUGUAAAUCACAGAUUCUGAAGUGCAUGGAAUGUGGGAGUUCACAUGAUACCUUACAGCAACUUACAACACAUAUGAUGGUCACGGGUCACUUCCUGAAAGUCACGAGCUCUGCCUCAAAGAAAGGGAAACAACUUGUUUUGGAUCCCCUGGCUGUGGAGAAAAUGCAGUCACUGUCCGAGGCACCAGCGAGUGAUUCUCCACUUUCAAAACCUUCCAGUAAUGCAGCUACAGAGCUUGCUGCUCCUGUUUCAGACAUGAAAAAAGAAAGCAAGCAAAAUAAACCUGAGGAAACAAACAAAGAUGAGAAAAUAGUAAAGAAUGAAGACUAUGAAGACACCCUUCAGAAACCAAUAGAUCCUACAAUGAAGUACCAGUAUCUUAGGGAGGAAGAUUUAGAAGAUGCUUCAAAAGGUGGUGGAGACAUUUUGAAGUCUUUAGAAAAUACAGUCACCACAGCCAUCAACAAAGCUCAAAAUGGAGCUCCCAGUUGGAGUGCAUAUCCUAGUAUCCAUGCAGCUUAUCAGCUCUCUGAAGGAUCAAAACCUUCCUUACCAGUAGGGUCUCAAGUUCUCCAAGUCAGGCCAACUGUUACAAAUAAGCUGAGGCCUAUUGCUCCCAAGUGGAAAGUGAUGCCUCUGGUUCCUGUCUCAACUAACAUGGCCCAAUGCACUCAAGUGAAGAAGGAAAUGGAUGCUAAAAAGGAAGCGCAAAAGGACCACGUUAAAGAGGGGAACAAAGUGGACACUUCCCCCAGCAGUCAGAAUGAUGAAGAAUCUCUCCCUCAAGCUGAAGUAUCCGUAGAACCCCAAAAGCCAGAUCCUAGUCCCUUGAAGGAGGACACAGCAAUAGAAGAUGGGGAGAAAGAAAAAUCAAAAACAAAGGAGCCAGCAACGUUGUCUCUCAGCAAUGGGUGUGCUGCCCCUAACCACUCCUCCGACUUGCCUUGUUUAAACCCACUGAGCGCCCUGCAAUCUGUGUUGAAUAACCACUUGGGUAAAGCAAAUGAGCCUUUGAGACCUCAGUCCAAUUCCAGCCCCACUUCGAGUUCAGUUUCUGUGUUCCAUAAGCCUAAUUUAAAUAUGAUUGAGAAGCCAGUUUUAUCUCCCACCCCAACGCCACCCAAAUCCACAGGUGUUACAUCCAGGCGUUAUGUGUUUGAAAACAAUGACCAGCCGAUAGACUUGACCAAAUCUAAAAGCAAGAAGGAAGCAUCUGCUCAAGCACAAUCUUGCACCUCCCCAUCUCAGAAGCACGCACUGUCUGACAUUGCAGACAUGGUCAAAGUUCUCCCCAAAGCUACGACACCAAAACCUGCUUCCUCAUCUAGGAUCCCACCAAUGAAACUGGAAAUGGAUGUCCGGCGUUUCGAAGAUGUCUCCACAGAAGUCUCCACUUUACACAAAAGAAAGGGAAGGCAAUCCAACUGGAAUCCUCAGCACCUCCUCAUCUUGCAAGCUCAGUUUGCUUCCAGUCUCUUCCAAACAUCUGAAGGUAAAUAUUUGUUGUCAGAUUUGGGUCCCCAAGAACGCAUGCAGAUCUCCAAAUUUACUGGACUGUCCAUGACUACCAUCAGCCACUGGUUGGCCAAUGUCAAGUACCAACUCAGAAAAACUGGAGGGACAAAGUUUUUGAAAAACAUGGAUAAAGGGCACCCCAUCUUUUAUUGCAGUGACUGUGCAUCUCAGUUUAGAACCCCAUCGACUUACAUCAGCCAUUUAGAAUCCCAUCUAGGGUUCCAAAUGAAAGACAUGAACAAGUUGGCUGUGGAGCAGCAAACCAAGGUAGAGCAAGAAAUCUCCAGAAUUUCAGUUCAAAGAUCUCCUGAAACAAUAGCUGGGGAAGAGGACACAGACUCUAAGUUCAAAUGUAAGUUGUGCUCUCGGACAUUUGUGAGCAAACAUGCCGUAAAACUUCAUCUAAGCAAAACACACAGCAAGUCACCAGAACACCAUUCACAGUUUGUAGCAGAAGUGGAUGAAGAAUAACUCCUAAGGUAUGCAUGCAUUAACUGCCCAAUGGGUUUCAAUGUUAUACUUGUAAACAGGGGGCUCCUAAAGCACUUCUGCUUUCUUAAAACUAUUAUAUGGGUCAAAGUUGCCAGUUUCCUUUCGGACAGAGGCACCUCGGUCUGUAUCUGCUGCAUGGAGGGGAGAAAUUUAAUGAGUGCACCUUCUCCCAUCAAUCCAUUUCCAUGAUACGUUUUGUGCAUUUCAUGAAGUCAUACUGCUAUUACAGGUGCAGGAACUUCUGCUGAGAAAAGAUUUCACAGCCAUACUGGGUGUUGAUUCCAUGUUCCUGCCUAGUUACCCAACCCAUUAGCCUUGCAUUUGAAAAGCAAAGCAUGGUGGACACGUCACUCUAAUAGCUUCUGUUAAAACUGUAUCUGCUUAUAAUGUUUUAAGCAUCUCUGUCAUUUGUCCCAAGUCUGUACAUGCCAGCAGGAGACACAGCAGCAAGUUGGACAAGAGUUUUGUGUAUGUCCAGUGUCCAGUUUCAGACAUGGGAUUUCUCUAUUUUGUGGUUAUUCCCUUAACGCAUUUCCAACUUCAUUGCCCAUUAUUGUAUCAGAUAUAUUUUUGAGAAAAUUGUCCAUCAUCUUCAUGCUAAUUACUCACACACCUCUUACCUUAUUUUGAGACAAUGGUAUGGGGAAGGUCCAUCACACAGUAGGAGUGUAUAUUUUGCAUGCUCAGGGCCCCUUAUUCGUCCCCCAGUAUCCCCUGCUGAAGGAUUUCUGGUGACAGAACUGGGAAUGUCUAAGUGGAACUGUGAUUGAGAGUAGAUGCCAGUCCAAGUACACAGUCAGAGGUUGUAUGGACUAAGGGAUUUUGAUUCCAUGGUAAAUCUCCUCUAAUGAAAGGCAUUCCCAUCACUGUAAUGGGACAUGAUGAAUUCCCCCUUAAGCUGCAGCCCAAAAUGCUCUCUGGAUUACCACUCCAGGGGGGAAAGGGAUCCGUAGGAACAGCACAAAGUAGGGGAGCCAGAUGUCAGAAAUUUAUCACAGGAUCCAGACAAGUAUACAACAGUUUUGUAUGCUCGUAAGACAUGGAAGAGUAACUCUGGCCUCUUUUGAAAGGGAACCCUCUUUAAAUGUGUCCCUAAAAGGCUGUAAAGAAGCAAACCCCCAUUUAAGAAUGUUACCCAAACAGCUAUUGAAGAGGAAAAACACCCUAAGUGAAGUGAAAGGAAGAGCCACAACUGAAAUUCUUGCAGCACCAGACAGGUGCCAGAAGGUACAAGCAAGAAAAAGAAUCUACUUUAGACAUUCCAAAAAAACAAGAUGAAGGUGGAACGUGAGCUACUUCUUGUUUGUAAUGUGUUUAACUAGUUUUCCAUGUUCCAAAUAGUUAAAAAAAGAAAAUAAAGUCUUAAAAGACAAUUAUAAGAUAGAACAAACACAAGUUGGAACACAUUUUCUUACAUCUCUGGGUACCAUCCAAAACGUGGAGGUGCGUAUUCUCCCAUCCUCUGUACAAGGCCCAAAAUCUCUGGAAGAGGAGGUACAAACCUCACUUCUUCUUUCACCACUUCUUUGGAAUAUCCAAAGUGGCUAUGCUUAGGUUUCAGUGUCCAAAUGUACGUCACAUUUAUGACUCCUGCAAAGCUAGCAUAAGAGUCAAAGAACCCUGAGAGGGUACGUAUACAGGCAAGUGACAUCUAUUCUCUGCAAUGUAAUUGCCCACUAUGUAUUUGUCACCCACCUAUAUUAAUAUUCAAGGACCAAAAAAUGUCCUCACCAUCUGGGAUUUUUUUAUUGGCUUCAUCUUGAACAUUCCGAAUCUGCAAAAUGUGAAGUCUCUAUAACUGAACUGUAAAACAGACGAAACUCUAUACCAGUACACAGAAAAUCUGUAUGUCAAAAUCAUUGGUUAUUUAGUGAUUAUAUGGCCUCAUAGAAUGAUUUGUGGAAUUCCUUUGUCACAUAUAAA